AGCUGCUUCCAGCCGACUCUCCCGCGGCGCCCGGGGAACGAGCGCCUCGCUGCCGCCCGCCGCCCCUCCCGCGACCCAUGGCGGGGCCGCGGCGCAGGACGAGGGAACCUGGCGCCGGCAGGCUGCAGGCCCGCCGCGGCGCAGCGUUGGCGCUGCUGGGGGCCUCGGCGUGCGCGGCGGGAUGCGGCGCGGGGUUCGUGUCGGCGCCGGGCAGGGGCGCCCGUGCGAGGCCCACCAAGGUGCAGAUGGCCGCUGACCAGGUCGUGCGCAAGAUCAGAAGGAACGACCGGAACAUUGCGCUGUACCCGAAGGACCAGAUGUUCAAGAUCGCGGAGGACGGGUCGACUCUGCGGGAGGAGUACGGUGGCGGCCGCAGCAUCCUUUCCACCUUCUGGGCCAUUGUCCAGCCCGCGGCCUCCUUCGGGUUCCUGAUCGUCGGCCUGUCGGUUUAUUUUGGCGACAACAUCGUAGAGUGGACUCCGCUCACCGCCUCCGCUCUGGGAUUCCUCAGGAAGUCCGACGACAUGCUCUGGGUACCCCAGGGCAUCUUCAUGACGUUUUAUGGAUUCUUCGGCCUCUUUCUGUUCGGCCCGAUCCAGUGGUACAUCCUCUUCAACAACCCCGGGAGGGGCGUAGCGGAGUUCAGCAAGAGAACGAAGCGGUUCACCAAGAUUGUCGACGGCCAGGUGCUCGAGGACAUCCCGUUCGAUGAUAUCAAGUCUGUCAAGUUCGAGUGGAGCGACCUGUUCAUCCUCGGGAAGAGGGAGGUGUACCUCGUCCUGAAAGACGGCAAGUCGGUGUCCUUCCAGGACCUGGAGGCGGAGGCUGCGUUCUUUUGGCGCCUGCGCUUUCUCUUCGGACGUACACAGUUCCUCUCGGACUUACUGUGUUCGUGUUAAUGUCGACUGUUUGUGAUAUGCUUUAUCUCAGUCAGGGCCUCCUCUUAAGGCGUCCGCCGCCCUCUCAGUAGGCAUGACAUUCGGCAUCUUCGUCCUCAUCACGCGUCUCAUCUGCUUGCCUGUGGUGCGGCACCUGCGCAGAACUUCAACAAGUUUGUGCUCGAGAAGCGCGCCUCCGUCCUGUCGGAGUUCAUCGACAAGGACCUGGAGAUCGACGACGACCCCGCCUGAGGGCCGACCUCUCGCCGACUCCGCGCGGCUCGCGCGCGACCUCCGGGCGCCUGCAGCGAAUCACCGCAGCCCCCUGCCCCUUUGGAAGCGCCUGUUAGAGCUUGGCCUGACCAAGCUAUCGGGCCAGUUGUUCCCCGA